GAGCAGCGUAGCCGGGGCUCAGAUUCAGAGAGGGGCCGAAACGCAGGAAGCCUGUGCGCUCUGCCGCUAUUUUAAACACAUCCCCCCUCGCCGUCGACAACUUUUAAAACUACUCAUCCGGACAUUGUCAGGUGAAAGUCCGGCCGCGGGUCUGAUAUCAGCCGCUGCGUUCAGCGUUUUGACAGAGGUCGCUCGUUGAGCGCAACAACUGCUCCAGAGCGCCGUUUGGAUUAUUCAGUGGACGCGUUGCUGCUCAGGGCAAAACGCAGCUUUUACUCGACUAAUACAGACUCCAGCUAAAAGUUUGGACUGCUGUCAAGGCGCACUUCUCAUCGUAUUUUCGGUAUGCCUGUGGUCAUCGGCGUGUCUCCGGACAGGUAACCAGGUGUGUUGCUGCUGUCAUGGCCUUGCCAACCCUCCGGCUGCUUCCUGUCGCUGUGCUCACAAUCCUGAUGGUGCUGGUGUCGUCUUCAGCGGACCAUGAGUGGCAUUUUAACCCAGCUCAGUGUCGUUACGCCCUGGGGAUGGAGGAUGGCACCAUCCCAGACUCUGACAUCACCGCCUCCAGUGCCUGGUCAGACUCCACUGAGGCCAAACAUGGAAGGUUGAGCACUGGAGAGGGGGACGGAGCUUGGUGCCCUGCAGGAGCCGUUUUCCCCAGCGGAUCUGAAUACCUUCAGGUCGACCUGCGCAGACUCCACUUCCUGGCUCUGGUCGGUACCCAGGGUCGUCAUGCCGACGGGCACGGCCAGGAGUUUGCCCGCAGUUAUCGGCUCCGCUACUCCCGAGACGGUGUAAAGUGGAUCACCUGGAAGGACCGCUGGAGCCAGGAAGUGGUGUCAGGGAAUGAGAACACCUAUGAUGUUGUGCUCAAAGACCUGGGCCCUCCCAUCGUGGCGCGCAUGGUGCGCUUCUACCCCCUGGCUGAUCGGGUUAUGAGUGUUUGCCUUCGGGUGGAGCUCUAUGGUUGUGUAUGGAAUGAUGGGCUGAAGGCUUACACAGCUCCGGUCGGUCACGUCAUGCACCUGUCUGGCAUGCCGGUCUACCUAAACGACUCCACCUACGAUGGGAGCACUGAGCAAGGGAUGCAGUUUGGAGGCCUGGGUCAGCUGUGUGACGGCGUCCUGGGAGGAGACGACUUCAUACAAACUAAGGAACUGAGGGUGUGGCCUGGGUACGACUACCUGGGCUGGAGCCGGGAAGCCCUCGGGCAAGGCAGCGUGGACAUCGAGUUCCACUUUGAGAAGCCACGUGUCUUCCACAACAUGCAGGUGCACAGUAACAACCGCCACACCCAGGGCGUGCGAGUCUUCAGCAAGGUAGAGUGUCUUUUUAAGCCUGGCAUCCUCCAGCCCUGGUCCUCUCCUCUCACUCUGCCUGUGCCCCUGGAGGAUCUAAAGGACCCAUCGUCACGACCCAUCUCCCUCCCACUGGGCGCCCGGCCGGCGCAGAUCCUCUGCUGCAAAUUCUACUUCGCUGACCGCUGGCUGCUCAUCAGCGAGAUAUCCUUCCUCUCUGAGCCAUUUGAGGAGGACGUCACAGACACUGAUUCAUUUCCUCCUAAUCAUGCGGAGAUUCCUGCCACCAGUCCCUCUCCUCCUGUUAACCACACCUCCUCUUCUCCCACAUCGGGCCGCAGCUCCUCCAACACCACCACCGGCCCUUCUGAACUCCCCACCACCGCCUCCUUCACGAUGGACACCACUGAUAACUGGACACUGUCAGACCCAGAAUUUGCUGCUAUCACUCCACGGGCGGGCCUUCCUGUAGCCAAGGACGACAGCAGCAAUACAGCUAUUCUGAUUGGCUGCCUGGUGGGCAUCAUCCUUCUGCUGCUGGCUGUGAUUGCUGUCAUUCUGUGGAGGCAGUACUGGAAAAAGAUCCUGGGCAAGGCCCAGGGAAGUCUAUCCAGCGACGAGCUGCGGGUUCACCUGUCAGUCCCCUCGGACAACGUGGUCAUCAACAACACGCACAGCUACUCGAGCCGCUACCAGCGCAUCCACACCUUCCCCGACGACCGCGACCAUGACAGAGAGGGCGAGGGAGAGUACCAGGAGCCCAGCGCUCUGCUACGGCCACGAGAUCACAGAGACAGCACAGCCUUGCUGUUAAACAACCCAGCCUAUCACCUGCUCCUGUCAGAUCACAGCAAAGGCUCGAGACCCCUAGUCGUCCCCUGCACCGCUCAGGCUCAGGAAAAGAGCCUCAAUGUGCCCCAGGCCUGUGGUUUGGACAUGGACAUGGAGAAGGGUUUCCCCCCGACUCAGGAGGAGCCGCCUCCUUACCCUGGCUCCCCUCCGUACCCCUCCCUGUCUCCCCCUGUGUCUCCCCCACUGCCUCCCAGCGUUCCUCAUUACGCGGAGGCAGACAUCGUGAGCCUGCAGGGUGUCACCGGGAACAACACCUACGCCGUGCCCGCCUUGGCCUCCUCCAGCCCCGGGGCCGACGCCGCCCCGCUGCCGGAGCUGCCGCGCCAGUGCCUCAUCUUCAAGGAGAAACUGGGGGAGGGACAGUUUGGAGAAGUGCACCUGUGUGAAAUCGAGAGCCCUCAGGACCUUCCCAACUUGGAGUUCCCCUUCAAUGUGAGAAAAGGUCGCCCUCUUCUGGUGGCGGUGAAGAUACUGCGCCCGGAUGCCUCAAAGAAUGCCAGGAAUGACUUCCUGAAAGAGGUGAAGAUCCUGUCUCGCCUGAAGGAUCCGAACAUCAUCCGUCUGCUGGGAGUGUGUGUGAGCAGUGAUCCCCUCUGCAUGGUCACUGAGUACAUGGAAUGUGGAGACUUGAACCAGUACCUGUCCCACCGAGUGCUUCUGGACAAGACAGGGCCUACGCACAACACCCCGACCAUCAGUUACCCGGCCCUCAUCUCCAUGGCUAGCCAGAUUGCAUCAGGAAUGAAGUUCCUUUCCUCCCUCAACUUCGUGCACCGGGAUCUGGCCACGCGUAACUGCCUGGUCGGGGGUGAGAGGGGUGAAAGUGGAGAGGAUCGGGGUGGUGAGCGUCACAUCAAGAUAGCUGACUUUGGCAUGAGCAGGAACUUGUAUGCUGGAGACUACUACAGGAUCCAGGGCAGAGCUGUGCUGCCAAUCCGCUGGAUGGCCUGGGAGUGUAUCCUCAUGGGAAAGUUCACCACAGCCAGCGAUGUGUGGGCGUUCGGGGUCACUCUGUGGGAGAUGCUGAGCGUUUGUCAGGAGCAGCCGUACUCCAACCUCACAGAUGAACAAGUCAUCGACAACGCUGGGGAGUUCUUCAGAGACCAGGGCAGACAGGUGUACCUGAGCAGGCCAGCUGUGUGUCCUCAGGGUCUCUACGAGCUCAUGUUGAGUUGCUGGAACAGAGACUGCAAGCUCCGCCCAUCCUUUGCCUACAUCCACUCCUUCCUUACCGAGGACGCCAUGAACAUGGUGUAGAGAGAGAUCGGAGUGAAGCAACGAGGAGAAAGACAACAACGCUAAAGACAGGAAACCUCUCCUACGUUUAUGCAUCCUUGCUACAGCGGGAAGGCGUGGUGGAGGUGCCGCACAGCAGAGGCGGAUGAGAAGGGACAGUGGGUCGCUCGCUUUUUAUAUUUGUACUUUUGUUUUGGGUGGACGGGGCUGAGACACCGCUGGUUCGGUUUAUUUCCACCUCAGACCCCAACCCCAAAGGCAAAACUAACGCCAGCUUUAGAUAACAGUCGGAGCUACAUUUCACAGCGGUUGGUGGUGGGUGCAGCCUGCAUAGGAACUGUCUCUCUUCUCACAUACUAAACAUACAAAGAGGGUUUGUGUGACUGGUGAUUUAGGUGGUGUAGAGUUAAUUACACGGGACGCUGCAGAGGCUAAAUGACAGAAAAUACAUCAAAGCAGGACCAUAGCAAGCUGGAAAAUGAGCGCACUGCAGGCGACACACAAACCUCCCUGAACAGAGCCCCCAUCGUUCAGACAUGAAAGUGCACACACAGGGAUUGUCUUAGUAAUUAUAGUAUGUACAGCCGUACACAUGUUCAUCAGCCUGAUUCAGCAGGAUUACUCCAAGCUUCAGCACCUUUUGCUCACCUGAGACACAAAAAGUGAUAAUCCACUUAAUGUCUCUGAGACGAUCUUAACUUUCAGACACGGCCAAAGCGUGAGUGAUGAGAUCUCACAUCGAUCCUCUAUCUCAGCCCCAGACCCUUAGUGCCCCACAUCCACAGCUGGAACUCAAAGUUAUUGUGGACUAAUGAGAAAUGAUGUGGACCAGACAACAGCAGCCCCCUUUCUGCCAACAGCAACAGCCAGCAAACAGCCCCCCCAAUUAUAGUCCAAAAGCAGUUUUUGAACGCCAUCUUUGAGCCACAGAGAGAAGAUCUGUGUCCCUGGUGCCAAAUGGACUUCUCGGACCUGAGGACACAGGCUCAGAAGAGGACGGUGCCGCUGCAGAUGAAACUGGAACGGCUUUUCCAAGCAGAGACAAUACUGCCUGUUGGGGCAGUGCACGGCACAUCUUCAGAUGCACCUGCUCAGUUGUUUUGGCAUUUUUUUUGUAUCUGGCUGUGAUCCAGACACAAAGGAUUGAUGUAAAAUUCCACUACCAGCUGCACUUUAAAUCCUACAUGCAUAUCCCUGGCCACGAUGACACUCUUCUCUGUGAGGGGCCUGAUAUGAUUCCUAUCGAUGUGGAUUCGAAUGCAUUUUACCUGCAGUGAUUUCAGGUAUUUGCCAAGGGAGAUCAAAAUUCAGGACAGUCUGCCUGCCUUUUUCAGUCCUCUCCCUGGAGGCAUUGCCAAACCAUUAGAUGUAAAAUAUUAUUUAAAAAAAUGGAAUGGCACCAUCAGUUCAUCUCAUUUUAAAUGUAUGACAACCUUUUGUUCUGAAACUGUCAGCGUCGAGACGGGUGUUUACUCAUCGAACCAUCAGUCUUGCUCAUCCAGUAGCAUUACUGUAUUUUAAGAACACACAGUUAUGGCAUUGCUCAAACAGGAUAUGCUUGGAGUCCUGAUUUUAGUGUGAAUGUCAACAUCAACCUCUGCAUUAUCCCAUGUUAAUACAUUAAGCUGACCAUGGUAGAAUCAAUGCAUCUACCUUACUGAUUGUAUAGCACUGUAAACCAGUCCUGGGAUGAUGAUCAUCAUUUACUACAUGUUUACUGUGCCAUUUGAGUCAUUUUUGAUACACUGUAGUUCAGCUAAACCCAUAUUUUUAUAUAUACUGUAUGUACUUAGACACUCCUUGGUGUCUGAUUUCGUCCUUUUGUGUCUUUGAAGUUGAGCAUAAUAGUAUGUACAUAUUUUAAGGACAGAAUUGUAAUUUCCCUUACUAAUAUAUGGAAAACUCUUUGUUACAUUUGGGGUCUUCUGUAUCUCUGUAGAACGCUUGCUACCUUGAUGCCAUUGUAAUUCAUUGUUGCCUAUUUUUGUAGAUGUUUUAAUAAAGUUAACCUUUUCAAAUAAAUCAAGAUGUGAUCUAGG